CCUUCCCCCUUUUCACCAUUUCCUCUCGGAGGCUCUUUCUCCGGGCAGGGGCAGAGCCAGUCUCCCCUCCCGCCUCUCCCCGGCCCCCGCCGCCCUAUGGCGAGAGGGAGCCCCCUUCCCACCCGGGCACAAGCGGCGGCGCUUGGAGGAGUGGGACCGGCGGUGGCGGCCUCAGGUCUAGGAUCAUCAUGGAACUAAUUCGCUGAUCGACCCACCGGCCCCAGCCGUUCGUUCUGCUUGAGCCCCAGGGCCCGCGUCCCCCCUCCCGGUUCCCCCUCUUCUUCCUCCUCAGUUGGCCGGGUCCUCGUCCCGCGCGCCCCGCCGCCGCGCGCUGAGGAAAAUGAAGUGGUAACGGGCCCGCGGAUGACCUCGCGUCACCACUGUGAGGCCUACAGCUUUGCCGGGGAGGAGGAGGAGGAAGAGGAGGAGAAGAUAAAUGUUUCCCCAUCCCAGAGAGAUGAAGUGAUUCAGUGGUUGGCCAAACUCAAGUACCAAUUCAACCUUUACCCAGAAACGUUUGCCCUGGCUAGCAGUCUUUUGGACAGGUUUUUAGCUACUGUAAAGGCUCACCCAAAAUACUUGAGUUGUAUUGCAAUCAGCUGUUUUUUCCUAGCUGCCAAGACUGUUGAGGAGGAUGAGAGAAUUCCAGUACUGAAGGUAUUGGCAAGAGACAGUUUCUGUGGAUGUUCUUCCUCUGAAAUUCUGAGAAUGGAGAGAAUUAUUCUGGAUAAGCUGAAUUGGGAUCUUCACACAGCUACACCAUUGGAUUUUCUUCACAUGUCAACUAGGCCUCAGUUACUCUUCAGUUUGCCCAAACUGAGCCCAUCCCAACAUUUGGCGGCCCUUACCAAGCAACUACUUAAGUGUAUGGCCUGCAAUCAACUUUUGCAGUUCAAAGGAUCUAUGCUUGCUCUGGCCAUGGUUAGUUUGGAAAUGGAGAAACUUAUUCCUGAUUGGCUCUCUCUUACAAUUGAAUUGCUUCAGAAAGCACAGAUGGAUAGCUCCCAGUUGAUCCACUGUCGGGAGUUUGUGGCACAUCACCUUUCUACUCUGCAGUCUUCUCUGCCUCUAAAUUCCGUUUAUGUCUACCGUCCCCUCAAGCACACCCUGGUGACCUGUGACAAAGGAGUGUUCAGAUUACAUCCCUCCUCUGUCCCAGGCCCAGACUUCUCCAAGGACAACAGCAAACCAGAAGUGCCAGUCAGAAGUACAGCAGCCUUCUGCCAUCAUCUCCCAGCUGCCAGUGGGUGCAAACAUACCUCUGCUAAACGCAAAGUAGAGGAAAUGGAAGUGGAUGAUUUCUAUGAUGGAAUCAAGCGGCUCUAUAAUGAAGAUAGUGCUUCAGAAAACGUGGGUUCUGUGUGUGGCACUGAUUUAUCAAGGCAAGAGGGACAUGGUUCCCCUUGCCCACCUCUGCAACCUGUUUCUGUCAUGUAGUUUCAACAAGUGUUACCUUCAAGUGCAAACUAAGGUAGUCUACUCUGGGAAUGGGACCAUGUAAAACCAGUAAAGAGGCUAUAAAAGGAUAUAAACCUUAACAGGCUAAAUUGAAGUGAGCCAGAAAAAAAAACUUGUUUACUUGUGCGGCUAAUUAUAAUUCAACAUUAUUUAAGCACUUAAAAGACCAAAAAAAGUAUAAAAUUUUCAAAAGACCCAAAAACUAAAAAAAAAAAAAAAGAAAAAAAGGCAAAAAAUUUAUUUGUAGUGUUUGUCAGUUACAG